AGGCACAGCAUCUGGGAUCACAGCUAUAUAAAUACACACUGACUCUGUGUGGGUUCAAACAUUUUGAAGAUUCAGUAUCCUGAAAGGCGUUACCUUUUUUCCAGUCCUGAGAGUUCCAGUUUGUCUUAAAGUCUGAAGGCAUCAGAUACUUUCAGAUCCUUCAACAUCUGUUCCAGUGCAGGAAUGCUCUCAGCAUGGGUCACCGUGAGCUUUCUCUGUGCAGCCACUGCCACUGCCAAAGUAAUGGAAGUGACUCAGCCAGCAAUAGUACUGGCCAACAGGCAAGGAGUUGCCAGCUUGGUGUGUAACUACAAGCACAUUGGGAAUGCAAAGGAAAUUAGAGUGACUUUGCUCAAACAGACAGGUGAUAAGUUCACUGAAAUCUGUGCUUCAACCUACACAACGGAAUUUAAAAUGUUCAGUGUGGAAGAUGUUAUUCAGUGCCAUGUCAGCCCAAGCAGAAACAACGUGACCCUUACUCUCACAGGCCUGCAAGCUAAUGAUACUGGUCUUUAUGUCUGCAAGAUGGAGCGGAUGUACCCUCCACCGUACUUCAUGAACAAGGGAAAUGGGACUCAACUCUAUGUCAUUGAUCCAGAACCUUGUCCAGACACUGCCAUGUAUCUCUGGGUAUUAGGAUCUACUGCUUCAGGAUUCUUUCUUUACAGCAUCAUCAUCUCAGCUGUUGUCGUGGGCAAAGUGAUCCAGAGAAGAAGACGUCUCACUACUGGGGUCUAUGUGAAAAUGCCUUCUGAAAAGCUAGAGAAAAAGGUGAUUCCAUUUCACAUCACUGUUAACUGAAACAAGGAGAUGGAGAGACUGUUUCCCAGCUGGAAUGGAGAAUCUGCUAAUUGACUUAAGUCAAAGUAAUAAAAUGUAUUGUCUUAUUAUCUGUUUAAGAGCCGUUUGGAUGUGGUGCACAGGGAUAUGAUUUGGCGGAGGGUUUUUAGAGUUAGGGUACUGGUUAGGCUGUGGUUGGACUUGAUGAUCUUCAAGGUCUUUUCCAACCUGGGUAAUUCUAUGAUUCUAUUACAAAGGUAUACCGUAAAGAGAGAAAAUAUUCUUUGUAACUUCUAUAGUUUGGAGGAGAAUAAAUAGUUUAUGCAUUAAUAUUUCACGGUUAACCCUGUCACAUAUAAAUGGCUAUGUUAGGCCAUUGAUUUCUUGAGUUGUAUUGUACCAAUAUGUAGUCUCUCAAUAUACAUAUAUAUGUAUAGCAUUAAGAGAUAUUGCUGUUGCAGCUGAACAUCUUAUUGUCACACUGUGCCAUGUCUACCGUUUGACUGAAAUCCAAACACUAUUACCACAGAGGCUUUUGUAUCAUUGCAAAGUUAAUCCUACAGGUCUAAGGGGAAGAGGCAGAAGGGCACACUAAUGCACAAACGAAUUUUGUCUUGUUUCUAUGUAGUGCUAUUUAUUGGUUCAAUUUCUUGCAUAAGUGCUCUGUGCUUCCAUGAAGGCAUCACUGUAGGCUGGCACUGAUGAUACUGCUGCUCUAAAAGCCUGAUGUCAGCCUUUCUCUGGCACUAUGUCUCAGCAGUGCUGUACUGGAAUUAACAUCGACGAUAUCUGAGGCAGUGCUGACAGCACAGCUGGAGAGAAAGGCUGCCCAGCAGGAGACCUCUGGGGCUGUUGCUGGAAGGAUGUUCCAGCUCUGCUGGAGCCUUGAGUUUUACAAAUGCUAAAUUAGCAUCUAUCCAAGAGGCAGAAAUAUGUCAUGUGUUUAAUUGAAUCUAUUUUCCAUGAAAAUACAGACAGUGUAUAAUCUUGUUUAUUAGUUACGUAUCAUUCAAUAAAAAUCUUGAAGCUUU